AUGGUUAUGUUCCGAUGGGGGGUGAGAUACGAGGCGCCUGCAGUUGGAGGAGAUGGGAAAGGAAAAGUGACAUGGCAGGUCGGUGAGGACUGGAGGCCGGAGGACGGAGUCAUCAAGGCGUUUGAGGACCUUGUGGGGGGAGACGGGGAGAACAUGGAAUGGAAAGCGUUUGAGUUUUUGGAAGAGAGGGAGCAGGAUCCAGAGGACUGUUAG